AUGCAGCUCACCACCAUCCUCUCUGUCGCUAUCCUCGCCCUCGGCGCUGCGGCUCAAAAGACUGGACCUAACGGCAAGCGAAUCUGCGCUGGAGGUGCCAUCUCUUGCGAGUACCAGAAGGGCCGUUGCGCCAACAUCUGCGGCGACUCUCAUGCAGACGGCUCUGGUACCCCUGCUUUCAUCGACCCCUCUUGCUCCUGCCCUGAGGGUCAAGCCGACAACUUGUACACUGGUGCUGCAUGUAUCGAUGUUUUCCGAGCUCUUGGCCGUCAAGGCUGCUAA